AUGGGUGCUCAACUCCCGGCUUACAAGCAAAAAUUCCUCGAGGCAUCUAUCUCUGGAGGUGUCCUCAAAUUCGGAAGUUUCGAACUCAAAUCGAAGCGCAUUUCACCUUACUUCUUCAAUGCUGGCCUCUUUCACACCGCACGUCUUGCAGCGGCAAUUUCUGAUGCCUUUGCUCACACCAUCAUUGAGGCUCAAAAGCAAAACGGACUGGAAUUCGACAUUGUCUUCGGACCCGCAUACAAGGGAAUCCCUCUAAGCUCGUCAGUUACUGUGAAGCUGGGAGAGCUGGAGCCCAAGAACUUGGAUUCCAUCUCUUACUCCUUCGACCGCAAGGAGGCCAAAGACCAUGGAGAGGGAGGCAACAUUGUCGGUGCUCCAUUGAAGGGCAAGAAAGUACUUAUCAUCGACGAUGUGAUCACUGCCGGCACGGCGAAGAGAGAGGCGAUUGAGAAGAUUAGGAAAGAGGGCGGACUCGUGGCUGGUAUUGUGGUCGCCGUGGAUCGAAUGGAAAAGCUCCCGGCUGCCGAUGGGGACGAAUCAAAGCCUGGGCCAAGCGCAAUUGGCGAACUCAGGAAGGAGUACAACAUUCCUAUCUUUGCUAUCCUAACCUUGGAUGAUAUCGUUGAGGGCAUGAAAACCUUUGCGUCGGAAGAGGAUAUUAAGCGCACCGAAGCUUACCGUGCCAAGUACAAGGCCACCGAGUAG